UCAAUUUAUUAACAAGCACACAACCUCUUACAUCGACAAAUGGAGCAGAAAUGUGAAAUGAAAGAGCUCAAAGAGCUGAUACGAGCUACUUUUUUUUUUUGUUCACCCAAUAAAACGAGAGAGCUGGCGUAUAUUUUGUCUCGGUCGCACUCAUGCGGACGCGCUCAAUGCCGGCGCUGUCGGCGGUAGCUUCCCGCGAAAGCUAAAACUAUACAACGCCAUUUUGUUGUCAGCCGUGAACGCGUUAGCAUUUGCUGUGAACAGAUUGUGAUCGUAAAUUUUAAGUGAAAUGUGUUAUUGAACAAAUUUAAUGAAACCUAAAGAUAUUUAUUUGUGAUUAAUGAAGUAAUUCUACUAGAAUGCCGCCUACAAAAAAUCAAAAAGAUAUCUCGAACGUCGAUGAACUAGACAAGUUCAAACGUCGGAUGAUUCGGUCGUUGGCUCGGUCCUUGAUACACGAGAAGAAACCAGAAGAUGAAGUCUGGGAAAUGAUGAAGAAGGAGACAGGUUGCGGAUGUAAUAUGCUCUGGCAGCGCAUGAGAAUAUUAACCUUAAAGAAGCUGAAGAGACUCUACGCGGCAGAUGAUAAGAUUAAAAACGUGCCGACCGUGGCGCGGAUGACCCAGACCGACUGGCUGCUCUUCGACUUGAUUGUCGUUCAUGAGAAAAUAGACUUCAUUGAUAAAGAUCAAAUGACGUUACCCAGUAAGGAUCGCGAGCCCCUGAUUGACCUCUUCGCACUGGUGAUGCAGUUCGACAUAGAAAAUCGAUCAGGAGAGAGUCUGGCGGAGGCCUGGACCGCGGCCGCCGUGCUCUACAACUCGAAAGGUCACCAGUGCUCACCGAUGCUAUUACAGAAACGUUGGUAUCAGCUAAAGGAGGUGACCCGGCAGCUGUUUUAUAACUACUGGUUCGCCUACCGCGGGAACUCUCGUCUCUUGGCGAAGGCAGAGGAAAAUAAGCCGACCAAGUUAUUGAGAGAAAUAGCACAGAAAUAUCCGAACAUAAUAACGAGUCCGUUCGUGGAGUGGCAGGAAUUAAUCGAGAAACGAUUGAUUAUACUAUCCGAGGAGUUUGAAACGAAGAAAUGGAUGAAUAGUCCAAAGACUCUAUUGGCACCAGAAUCGAUACAAGAUGUAGAGAUCAUUGAGCCUGUCAUAGAAACCAUAGAACUGGACCAAGAUUCAGAGAGUGAAACAGAUAAUAAAAAACGCGACGAAGAAAACGUGCAAACUGACAAAAAAAUAAUUGAAGUAAAGCUAGAACCUAAAGAAUCUGAACAGGAAGAUGUGAUUAAAGUAGAAACUCACAAAUUACCAUUAGCCAUACAUAGUGUAGAGACGGAGACUACAUUAUUAGAUAGUGAAAAUUCCUAUUCAGAUAAGAAUUCUGGGAAGUAUAAAAAUGAUUUACAAACUUAUGAUGAUCCUCCUGAAGCUACUGUGAAUCUCUCUGAAGUAACUGAACAGCGUUUGAAAUUAAAUGUAAACCCUCCAGAAGUUACUGAAGAACUUCCUGAUAGAAUUGAAGACCCUCCAGAUACAAGUGUUGAUUUUAAUGCCCGAAACGACAUUGAAAUCUGUGAUAAAGGAGCACCAAAAAUUGUACAAGUCUUUGGUAACGUCGAUUUGUCUAGUCAAAUUCUGAACAUGAAUGAUGCCAUAAUAGACAUCGACGCACAAACGGGUGAAGAACCUUAUAUUAGUACUGCAGAACGUAUUGAUUUGCCAGGAGAGCAAGAAGAGCACGGUGACGAUAAUAUCAAUGACGAAAGUCGAAACAUAAUCAGAAUAGAUGCUGACGAUAAACUUAAAAGCGAAGAACCUCUAAAACCAUUGAAAGUAGUUGAUGGAAAAUCCCAAAAAUUUGAUAAUGUUGUAGUUUCUGAACCGAAAAUUGAAAAUGAUAAUGAUUUGAACGCUACAGGAAAAAUCGUACAAGGUUUGGAUGUAUUAUCGAAACCUGAAAUACAUGACAGAUUGCAUUUUGAUUUUUUUGAAAACGGAAUCGAACUUGUUGACGACGGAAUAGAGUAUAUUGAAGAAAAUCACACAAGCACUGUUACUGCAUCCAUUCCAAUCAAGACCGAGGCUGAUAAUAAACCACCUAAUUGUGAAGAUGAAGAUGGUACAACAAAAUUCGAUUACAAACUAUUAAUGGACCCCGUCGUCUAUACAACAAGGGUAGAUGAAAUGGACACAUUAAAGGACAAAUCUUACCAAUCCGUGAAGGACAAAAGUUUAAUACAAUUGAUUAUCGCAGAAAGCAAACCUAUUUGUAAACCGAUAGAAAAUGUUAAUAAAGUUAACUUAAAUAAUACAUCUGUACGGGAAGCAAUAAAUGACGAUUCAUUAAUCGAACAGGAAACGAACGCAGUCAGCGGAAGCGAAGAUGAAAUAGAUGAUAGUUUCAAAGUAAAAAUAUCAAGCUAUUUAUUAAAAAAACCUCGAAAUCGUUCCUAUAACCCCAUAAAACUAUGCAAGAAUCCGGAUUUUAAUACGCGAUUGAAAAGAUUAACCGUUGCCUUCUUAAGUUCGCCUCGUAACAGAGCACUGCUCAAAGCUUGUAAACCGAUGACCAUUGAUGUAAUGAAGGCGUUCGAAUCUAAACUCGUCAAUGGUACAAUGUUUUUGAAAGAUUGCGAUCAAUUCAUACCUAAUGUCAGAAACGAGGAUACCAAUCACAGAACACUUUCAAUAGCACCAUCGACAAUGGCCAUCCAGAGCUUAAUAGAUAAUUCAAUGACGGAAUCUAAAAGUUCAUCCCCAAAUACUACUCCAGUAGCUUGCGAUGAUACAAUCGAGAGAAACAAAAUAAUAAAUCUACCAGAUAUAACAGAGGUUCGUCGUAUAAAUCAGCGAUUGCUCACAGCCGAAGUUCCUCCCAUAAGAGUACAAACUUCCAAUACUAUGCGUGUUGGUUCUGAGAUUGUUCCGAACACGGAAGCAAUAUCUAAAGAAAUUACUUCAAUUAAAGUUGAGGUUAACUCAGAGGUUGUUUUGGUUGACAAACCAACCGAAAAAAUUAAGAAAUUCGAAGAUCCUGUAAUUGAUCUACCCGAAGGGACAAACAUGUUUCUUAAUAAUCAAGAACAAGAGUGCUCUUUUGCUGAUACUCGGGUCGAAGCUUAUUCACAAUUGACGUGCCAAGAAAUGCAGAAGACGAAAAAAAAAAAAAAAGACACUGCAGUAUCAAAGUCUUGGAGGCCCGUGACAAGUUCAAGAGUGAGUUGGCUGAAAAACUAUGUUAAAACAGAUUAUGAGUCUUUAUUGACGUUGGAUACCCUUAACAAAAUGUUAAUUGUGAUGAACGAAGGCGAAUUUUUUAAUAAGUACUCUACGACUAAUAAUGUGAAAAUAAAUAAAAAACAAAACAAUGAAAAGGGCGCGGAUAAUCCGAAAGCUAUUUCAAAUUCCCGCGAAAUGCCUUGGAAGCCCAAAUUCUGUUGUUGGGCUCGAUAUCGCAUUGAUUCCAUGUUGAACAAUAAAACAAGGCGUAAUAACAGGCACCAUUGUGAGAAAGACGACUGCAUUUGCUGUUGCAAGAGCGCUCUUAACUUAUUAAUAGAAGAUGCAAUAAGGGCAGCCGAACACGAUAAACUUAAGAAAACUGUUUACGAUAUCGGUGGCGCUGUAAAAAAAUCACAAGAAUCAAUUCCAAACAAAAAAAUUAUCACAAGAAUAAUUCCCAGGGAUGAACAAAACCACAAAACACCCAUAAAAGACAUCCAAGCUGCUGAUCCUGAUCACGGAGAUAUUGAAACUAUUAAUUCUGCCGAAAAAGAAAUCCAAAGUAUUGUUCCAGCUCAAGAAGAAAUUAAAUCUAUUAAUACCGACCAGAAUAAUCCAAACAAACAGAAUAAACCAACAUCUGUUGCACUAUUGAGCGAGCACAAUUAUUCCACCACAGACGAAUCUACUCCUAACCUUAUCGACGACAAGGGUUCUUAUGUUCAUAAACAACCUGACAAUUGUUUUAAAAUCGUUCUACAAACUCAUAACGAAGAGACAGUGAGAAAACCGAAAUCCAGUUUGAAAACUCUGGUAAUUGAACCAAUCAUCAAUAAUAUGCCCAAUGAGUCUCAAAAGCCUAUGUUGAUGGCGUCGGUUGGCUCUCAACAAACUUCAGAUAAACAGAAAAAUGCUAAUGAAAAACCCUGUUUAAUUGUAAAAGAUAAUAUAAAGUUACCGCCAGCGGCUAGUGCGAAAAAAUUUAAUACUUUAAAAAAAUACGGUAAAUGUACAAUUGAUCCCAAAAGACAUGUUUCGAAUCGCAAAUUUCUUCUGAAUAUUCCUAAUGGUAAAGCCAUUAAGCUUGGUCAGAAAACUAUUAUGGUUACAAAUAUUAAAUUACCGAUAGAAAGUAAAAGUUACAAUUCUACUUGUCAAGAAAAAUCUGAACAAGAAUCAGGAAAUGAUGGUCCUGCCCAGACAUUGCCCGAGGGUGUACAACUUGUUUUAUUACCAAAUGGUGAAUUAAUAGCGUCUGUUGAACCAGGCACCGUAGUAGAUGCAAAACAAAUAUCAUCGAUACCCAUUAUCAUGGAGUCAAUACAAAAGCAACUUAUCGAUAUUGGGAUCUGUCCCACUACAUCAAACACCGCAUCCACAUCUACUGCAAGUAGUAAAAAUACCAGUGACGCAACUAUAAAUGUAUCGGAUCAAUCUUCGGAAGUAUUAGAAGAGACUGUCAUUUUAAACAGAGAAGAGCCUCAAAUCGAUAAAACAGACGAUAACAUUCUUACUACCGAUAGUAUUAUCGGGCCUCUUCCUGGCAUUGAUAGAGGUGUUGAAUCCUAUGUUACAUCUGAUGCGAAUGAUUCCUGUAAGGAACUCGAAAAACGCGCAGAAUCUUCAAAUUUAAACACCAGUGUUGGCAAUAGUCAAAAUGUUGAUGUUCCCGCUCCAAAACCAGAAAGAAGUUCGUUAUUAUCAGAUUUAAUGGAAAUGUCUGGCAUUUCCACAGAAGACACGAUAUCUGCAUCUGAACCUAUAUCGGAUUCAACACAACACGCAGUACCACCGCUCUCAGCUAUAAAUACGAUCCCGGAUUUAGUGCCUCACGUUUCAGAAACACCAUUGUUUGUAACUGAUCCAGCUGAUUACAGUCCAGUCACAUCAUACGUUGAAUUAAAAUAUGCUGUUCAAAAUAAUGCUUCAUUCUUUUCAUAUAAUUGUAGUACUGGUGUUAUAUUACCAAUAAAUGUUAGCUUAGGAAAAAAUCCACUCAAAGCAACAAAAGAAAUCAUUGACUUAACAGACGAGAAUGAUGAUAGUAUAACAGAUGCAAUCCAUAAGCCCGCUGAUAGUAUUACAAAAUAUCAACUGGUUCAAGAUAGUAAAUUUAAAUCAUUGAAACUAAUAAAACCAUUGGUUCAAUACAGAUCGAAAAGACAACGAUUAAUUCCUAAAAAAAAUGUAUUUAAGCAAAAUAUACUAUAUAAUAGAUUAAAACAGCAGGAGUUAAACGAUGAACCUGCAAAAAUAGAUUUAGUAGAUUCUGACUAUUCGAUGGAAGAAGAAUAUCUUGAAGAUAGUGAUAAUGAUGAAGAACAAAAUGUUACUACUUCGGAAGCUACUGAUUCGUCUGAUGAUGAGCCUCUGAGUAAAAAAGUAAAAUUGAAUAAAUCAUGCAGUAGUGUUCCAGUAUACAUGGAUGAAAAAACAACUAAAAAUCACCAGAUCGACGUAUCGACUAAUAUUGUAUCAGAUACAAAAGAAGCAGUCUCUUGUUUAUCUGAAGAAGUUACCAAAAAUAUAGAAGUUAGUGAUAAUGUUGACCCAGCUCCUGAAUUCUUCACAUCUGAUUGUAGUGAUGAUGAAAUUUGUAUUUUAGGAGUCUAAUGAACAUGCUAUUAUUCAUCACAAUGACGAAAUUGUAAGAGAUAGUAGAUGUCUAUUGUGAAAUAUUUCACAUACAUGUCAAAAUUGUCCAAUUUGGUGGCUCCAUUUUGCUUUUAAUGUCUUAAUCCUUGGAUAUUAUUUGAAUAAAAAGGGCGAGCCGCGUUUGGCUUAAUCUUUUAUUUUAUUAGCUUUGACGACAGACGGAUAUACGAUCACCUGAUAGUCAGUGAUUACUUAUUGCUCAUGAACAUCAGUAAUGUUCAAUCACACCGAACAUCAUUACAAAACUAGAAAAUUAAAGUACCGUUUGUAGACCCAGAAGUUCUUGAAAGUUCGUGAGAUCCUAAGUAUCGAGAAACUGAACUGCUGUCAUCUAUGUAUAUUGAGUCAAAAAUAAGUAGUGGUUACUUAAAAGUCCAGGUAGGAGCAAUUUUCUACUCUAGACCUUGUUAUUUGGAAUUGUAAUUUCAUACAGAUUUUACCCUGGUGGGAUAUUCAAAUUCCAUCAGAAUUGUCAACAAUCCCAAUUCUCAAUCGUUGUUUUUUUUUCCUGUUUACACAGGACUAACUGUUGCCGUUGUGGAGUUCAUCCGGACUAGAGCUUCUUAGAUAUUUAUCUCUUUCUCUCUCACCAUCAAUGUCUAGAAUGAACUCCCCGAUGAAGUGAUCUCUCAGUACCUUUUCCCUCUUCAGGUUUAAGAAAAGUAAUUUAUCUUCUGUUAUUUAUCUCUAGGAUACUUGUGUUUAAUCUUGAUCAUAAAAUACGCUUUCCCAAAUAUCACUGGCUUGAAUAUUGCCAUUACAUCGGGUGUUAGAAUCUUAUACAACCUUAGUUCCGGCAUCCGUCCCCCAAAAUAAAAUUUGUGGUUCUUCCUAAGCUGUGUAAUUUACAGAGUUGUGAUGCAUUGUUUCUACCUGUUUUAUGCUAAGUCCACAGCUAGAAUCUUCGGCAUCAUCUUGCAGAGAUGGUCUCCGGUACCGAAGUGGACAGCGAUCGCCUCAAUGUUUGCUUAUUUUCACAAAGCCUGUUGACCUUUUCUGUGUGACUUAUAAUUACAUUUUUUUAGUGUGUCUUAGAUCCAAAGUGUUUCUCCAUUUUAACAAGGUUUUAGUUUUUGCGCAGUCUGUCGAUGCACCUACAAUGCACCAGAGACCAACUAUAUUAAUAUUUACAUAUAUACAUGGCUCGCGUCCAAUUAUUUCUUUUUCAGUGCCCUUUUUUUCUAGUUGAACAAUUGAUUGGUAAUAAUUAUUGGAAUACACGCUAGCGCCAGUUUCUAAACAAGUUUUGGAACUGUCAGUGUACCAAAAGUUAAUAUAUCUACUGAGAUUCCAUUCUAAUUUUUAAUCCUGUAAAAUACUUGAACAAACUAGAUUUUACACUUAUAUGUACAUCAUUUGUCUGAGUUCAUGAUUCAUUUCCAAUCAUCUGAGAUUGAUAUCGGGCAUACCGGCAAUUAUUAUUCACUUGAUCAUAGCUAACGGCCGCUUUAUCGGAUUUUUGUAUUACUAUUUGCAGCAGUGUUGUAAGAUUAAAUGGCAGAAUAAAAUACCUUACAUCGGGCGUGGCCGAUGCCCCUGGCAUUUUCAAUUCACAUGGACGGAGGCACUAUAACAUCAGGUGAACCAUACUUGCGUAUACGUCUGUCGUUGAAGCAAUAAAAUGCGUACGGACCAGAUAGAACAUUCUGUCGAUAAUUUUUUUUACUUUAGUUUCUAAAAUGAAAAAUUGUUAUAAUAAUAAUUCUUCACAAAUACGUGUUUAAAGUAAGUAAUGUAAUUAAUGUGUACCUAUGUAGUUUUUACUGUGAUAAUUAUUUUUAUUAAAUUAGUUUUAGUGCUGGACUCUAUGAGUGAGGCCACAUAAAUUGUGUUAUUUAUUAUGUAUGAGUUUAAUCCAGUGGUGCGCAAACUUUUUUUGGUUACGGCCUCUUCAGUAGAGAGAAAUAUUUCGGCGAUCCGUAGAUAAACACUGGCUGCUAAAUCGACCGAAAAAAAAUAUAACGAACUCCAACAAUCUUCUGGCGCCCCUACAGGGGUCGCGACCCUCCGUUUGCGCAUCACUGGCUUAUUUAAUAACUAUUUUAAGUAAUUUCAAUGUAAAUAAUAAAUGAAAAUCCAACUA